AGGCUGGUUUAUCUUUUGGAUGUGCCGAGAUUCGGCCCGGUCCACGCGGAAGUCCCGCCUCGAACCGAACUCACUCACUCGUUCGACACGCCACGCCACGCCACGCGCCGCCUUCGCCCCCAAGGAGGCCCCAACUGAUGCGUCGCCGCUCGCCGCCAGCGAGCACGCGGCCGCGCUGAGGGCCGAAGCCGCCAUGAAGCUGACCUGCUUGUCCACCAGCGGCGGCGGCGGCAGCUACCACUCGCCGGCGAGCCAUGUCCUGGAGCUGGAGGGGCUCCGCUUCCUCCUCGACUGCCCCAUCGACCUCUCCGCCCUCGCGGUCUUCUCCCCGGUACCCCUCACCGGUGAUGCGGGGGGCCUCAUCCGCGCCGUGCCGCGCUACUGGUCGCCAGCGGCUGCGGCCGCCGCCAGGGAAGGCGGCGUGGACGCCGUACUCGUGUCUUCCGCGACGGGAAUGCUUGGACUCCCCUUCCUCACUCGACUCCCCGGAUUCGUGAAUACCAAGAUUUAUGUGACAGAGGUAGCAGCGAGGAUUGGAAAGCUAAUGAUGCGGGAGCUGGUGGAGAUGCACCGUGCAUUUGUAAGGUACUAUGGGCCAGAUACGGAUGGGUUACCCAAGUGGAUGGAAGGGGACAAACUCAAUGGACUCGCGUCAAUGUUGCAGAAGCUAGUGACUGAAGAUGAGGGAAAGGAUUUAACUUCUCUGAUGCCUCUAUACAGCCCAGGAAACAUAGAAGAAUGCAUGCAGAAAAUACAGCCUGUUAAGUAUGGAGAGGAGGUUUGCUUCAAUGGCAUAUUUAUGCUGAAAGCCUCUAGUUCAGGCCUGGAACUUGGCAAUUCUGUCUGGACAAUAAAAGGUCCAAGAGCUAGUAUUACCUACCUGCCCAGUUCAGUAUUUGUGUCGGCUCAUGCAUUAGAUUUUGAUUACAGCUCUCUGAAGGAAAAUGAUGUGAUUUUGUUUUCGGAUCUCUCAUCCUUGAACGACAUGGACGAGGAUAACGAGAAACUGGAUGAGCAUGCAAUGAAUGAAACAGACUCUUCGCUAUGUCACCACUCAGUGUUGAGGGAUGAUGGUGCUGAUGCGGAUGAAACAAUCACAUUUCUGUGCAACAAUGAUGAUAUCACGGAGGAGAUUGAGAGAAUCAGCUUUAUAUGCUCAUGUAUCAUCGAUGCAAUAAAAUCUGGAGGCUCUGUUCUAAUACCAAUAGGUCGCCUUGGUGCUAUUCUCUUACUUCUGGAGCUUAUAUCAGAAACGCUACAUUCUUCCAGUAUCAAGGUACCCAUAUUUAUGAUUUCUGAAACAGCAGAAGAAAUUAUUGCUUUUACCAAUGCCUUGCCUGAAUGGCUAUGCAAGUCACGCCAAGAGAAGCUAUUCUCUGGUGAGGCAUUAUUUGGCCACAUGGAGCUUUUGAAGGAGGGCAAAUUAUUUCUGUUCCCACAUUUACACUCAAAGGGCCUGCUGGCAGCAUGGAAGGAGCCUUGUAUUGUGCUUUGUCCACACUGGAGCCUUAGGCUUGGCCCAGCUGUCCAUCUGCUUCGUCGCUGGCAUGCUGACAAACGCUGCCUUCUAGUUUUGGAGCAAGGGAAUGAUGCUGAGUUGAGUCUUAAGCCUUUCAUGCCCUUGGCAAUUCAAGUCCUUGAGUGUUCUUUUCUUUCUGGAGUAAGGGUGGCAAAAAUUGAUUCAUUACUGGGAGUGCUCAAUCCGAAGUUCGUAAUGCUUCCUGAAGGUCUGAAGUCCCGGUGUUCAGUAAAGAAGAGGCCAUGGUCAUUCUUGUAUUACACCAAGGGCAAAACCAUCGAGCUCCCAAAUUUACGGGAAGACUUUGAGGUGCACCUUGCACAUAAUGUGGCCUUAGGAUUGCAGCCUAGGCAACUGAAUGAGACCACUGCAGUGGCGAGAUUGAGAACAGAUCUGCUUGUAAGCAGUGGACAGUAUCAGCUGGCUGCUGCAGAGAAGCAAUCGGAUCGAUCAAAGCGACACUUACUACAUUGGGGCGCUGUUGAUCCGGAUCGCUUGUUGCCAGCACUACAAGAAAAGGGGAUGUUAUGUUCGUUUGCUGCAGAUGAUAACUGUGCAGGUGAACGGUCUGUUCUGAUUACAAGUCCAGUAGAUGCUCUUGUGAAGAUAACAUCUGAUAGGACGGUUAUAUACUGUGAUGAUGAGGGAACAUCCAAGCAUAUUUACGAUGCACUUUGUAGCGUUUGCAAUGGGAUCUGAGUGCAUAACUCAUGUGUAAUUGUUGUUUGUCAUGAGAUUGUGCAUGUGAUUUUUUUAAAGCUUAUGUGUAUGUGAAAUUGUGAAUUGUGUCUAAACUAGUUGGAUCUGAUUUCUGGGCC